AUGCUUUUUUCGAUCAGUUUGGUGUUGGACGUGUUUGUGCUCACAAUUUCUCUUCUGCGAGGAUAUAUCGACGACGACUACGAGGCGAAAUACGAGCCCGACCCCUAUGGCGAGGAAGCUGGUCCCAAUGCUCGCGUCUGGAGAGGAUACAUUGAUGAGGCAGACGCGUAUGACCACGAGAUGGUCGAGGGGUGGAAAGACACCGUCGAUAUGCUUCUCGUUUUCGCCGGUCUGUUUUCCGCCGUCGUCACGACCUUUGUGGCCCAAACCUACAGCCCGACUACACGCCGACGUCUGCAGCUCGUCGCGUUACAGCGCGCUGCAGCUCAAGGGCUUCCUGCGAGUGAUGUUCCGGUGUCUCCACUGAACACCACCGUAACCUUCACAUCGGCUAUAUCUGAUCGUGUCGUGAACGGGUUCUGGUUCAUGAGUCUGGCCCUAAGUCUCUCCACGGCAUUGUUUUGCAUCUUGGUCAAACAAUGGGCACAGAACUACACAUCCGCUAUCUCUGGGCCACUUAAAGAACGUGCUCUCCUUCGACAGAUGUGCUUCGAGGGUGUCGGGACAUGGUACGUGCGCGAAAUUGUCGGAAUCUUGCCCUUCUUUCUGCAUGCGUCGUUACUGCUGUUCUUCGCGGGCCUUGUCAUUUUUCUG